AUGAGAGCUUGUGAAGGAUGCAGAAGAAGAAAGAUCAAGUGCGACGCGGCCACAACGAACACCUGGCCCUGCUCGGCGUGUAUCAGACUCAAGCUCCAUUGUGUGCGCCCCAAUGGUCAGUACGAUGGCACCUCGACCGACGCCUAUGAGCCUGUUGGGGAUGAGUUCGCUGCCGCCUCAUCGCAACUGCAGAACAGCUUUCGCCAGCAAGUUCCCAUGCAGCAACAGUCCAUGAUGGCCGGGGGCCAGAAGCCCAACCCUUCGAUGUAUGCUGCACAGGGCGCAUAUUCGGAUCCCAACGUCUUUCCACCUGUCCACUACUCCGACCAGCAGGUCCAUCAACAUAACAUGCACUACACUACAGUUUCUCCCUCGUCGUCCAUGAUGGAACAGCCUUACACCGGUCAGAAUGUGUUCCCAACACCGCCUCUUCAGCAGAGUCAACGUCCAGAUUCUCCUCCCGACACUUACUCCAAUGACGGCUCGUACCAGCAAUCAGACCUUGCUGAUCUUCUGGGCUCCCUGAAGGUCAACGAAGCUGGAACAGCACCGUAUCUGAGGAACAAGGCCUCUUUUCUGCAUGAUGAGGAGCCUGCCCUUGAGGACGAGGAGUAUAAGACCCCUCUUCCGCCAAUCAUCACCGGACCGGGCCUCAAGAUUCGCAUUCCGCCUGAACUGAUGCCGGAUGACGAGACGGUCAUGCACUACUUCGAUCUCUUCUUCAGCCACGUGCAUCCCUACGUACCUGUUCUCAGCAAAAGCGUCUUCUAUCACCAGUGGAAUACGAACAGAGAAUCCGUAUCGCCUCUCAUUCUCGAAGCUCUUUUCGCCAUGGGUGGAAGACUGGCCGACGACCCUGCUCAAGGGCAGCAGUGGCUCGCUUUAGCAACAAAGCACGCCGACUCUUUCAUGGACGUACCGAGGCUGAGCACUCUGCAGGCCCUGCUCCUCAUCUUGAAAGCUCGGGAGGCAGCUCCCAAGCGUGGUUACUACUACCGUUCGUGGAUGACGAUUGUCCAGUGUGUUCAAAUGGGCAAGGAUCUCGGUCUGGACGAGCACUACACAGAUCAUCAAGCGGGGAGGCCAUGCCGGACUGAUCUCGCCGUGGAGCUGGAUUCCAUCGAUUUCAGCGUCCCACGUCCAAUUCCCGGAGGCGACGACUCUGAGUACCACAUCACCCGCAACUUCACCUAUUUCGCACGGAUUGUCCGCAACGUCAGCCGCAUGAACACGGCCUAUGGCCACCUCAAGAAGAAGAAGACUAAGGAUUGGGGAGUCGAUCCCGAAUUUGUGCAGCUCAACCCGGCCUUGAAUGCCUGGUUGAACGACCUUCCCGCAGAUUUGUCGGUUACUUUCCCGCCCGAUGGCUCGCCACCAUGGCUUUCCUCACCUUACAUCGGCAACUUGCAUUCCUACUACUAUCUUACCCUGAUUCUGCUUCACCGGCCACAGCUGAAUUUCCUGGACCCGAACGCGCAAGAUGGGCAAUGGAAGCAGCACAUGAUGAUCUGCUAUUCUUCUGCCAAGGCUCUAUGCCGGCUCCAGGAGGCGGUGGCCGUCGUCUCUCCAGACCCUGAUCUGAACACUGAUGCGAGAGAGUUUUUCACGAGACACAUGCGGGUACUCGAAAGGGUCAUGUCGGUUUGGCCGAUGGCCGACCUGCAGAAGCAAGUCGACGCGGUGCGCGAAGCGUUUUCUGCUGACGUCAGGAAACCCUUUGUCCUUAAGCCCAGCUUCCCUUACGGCAGCCCCCAAUCAUCCAACCAUUCCAGUCCUCCUAGGGGUUACAGGCCGGGUAUGGCACGCACUGCUUCCUUGGACCACCAGUUGGACACGCAGAACCUUCAACACUCCCAAGUCAGUUAUACCAGCCACCCCAUUACACCUCCUAUUUCUGCCGGACCUGUGGAUACCAAGAGUGACUCGCCUGCUAUACAGUCACUCGUCAUGAUGGCAAGUCAAGGUUCCCAAGCGCCGGGAAUGCAGCAAACCAUGUCGUUGUCGGAUGCGCCAGCGUGGAAUCCCGCACGUAUUUUUGAACAGUGGAACACGUCUUUCGGUACGCCUCAGGUCCAACCACAGCCUUCGACGCUGCCUCCCCAGUCCAAUUCGCUUAGUGUUUCUCCGUCUUCAGGUGCACCCGAAGCCCCGUCUCUCCAAGACAUUCAGGCUGUCAAUGCUACUCUCCCAGUGGCCUCUCAACAGUUGGCGCAGCAAUACUCUGCAGCCCCCGUGCAGACUUUUGUCUCGCCGGCGAUGUGGCAGGAGUCCGUGGCCAGUGUCUACGAAGGCGGUCUCAAGCGGGCCUGGGAUUACGAUGGCAGUGGUCCUAUGAUGAAACGGCGAUGA